AACGAGUUCAUGAACGUUACUAGUACCUAUUUGUUUUGCUCUAAAACUUGUUACCGUGGCUAACACAUUGUUUCGUGUUCUAACACUCAAACAGCCUCAACGACAUGGUUAUCGAUAAGAUAAAACAUCACCAUCCAGAAUUGGACCCUUACAUUACCUCAACCACCCCAGAGUGUUUCAAACAGCGAUCGCGUGAGGUCUAUUUCAGUCCAGCAUGUUUCCAAAACAAUCAACCAGACUUAUACUGUACGGCGAUGAGCCAUCGAAAGUGACAACGGCCAACAACAAAUACCCGUCAGAGCAGCUACAGCAAUCCGCUUCCGGAAGUUCACCAGAUGACUCGUUGCGUGCCCUGGAAGUUUUGGUAAUUUGUUCAAUUUGCCAAAAUCGGCUUAGAUCGCCGAGGAUGCUUCAGUGUCAGCACACGUUUUGCCUUGCGUGUUUGGAAGCGCUGUUCCAGCAACAUGAACAAAAAAAUUACAUUACUUGUUCUACAUGCAACGAAAAGCACGAACUGAUGUCCGCUUCCGGUCGGGUGACAGAUUUGCCACCAAAUUUAUACAUCGAUUCGGUGCUGCAGGUCUUGAGCCGCGGCCAAACCUUAUCAAACCAGAACAUGCCUUCCACGGCAGCUGUUGCUGCUGCAAUUGAAAAGGAAGAAGUGCACCUGUCUUGCUACAAAUGUGCUACUAUUGGAAAUAUAAGGAUGCAAAACUGUGGCCACUGCAAACAGACCUUAUGCGCAAUCUGCUGGCAGACGCACAUGGGCGAGCUCGCCAAACAAGUCCAGCAACUGAACGUCCAGCUAAACUCGGCCAGCGCAAAAAUGGAUCGCAAAAUGACCGACUACAUGGUUCGUUUCAGCGACAUCAAUUUGCGUAUCAAGGAACAUUAUGAGGAAAAAAUUGCAGAACUGCGCCACCACGAACAAAACUUACUAGGCGAAUCACGCCGAGUGCUGAAUGAUGCCGUUUGUGCCCACGAACUGGUGAUGGAGAAAAUACGUCACCUGAAAACUUCCAUCGAGGGCAGCAAUAAUGGCGCAGUGGACACGCAUGAUAAUUUUGUGGAUUUGUUUCUCAGUUUCCACAAGGAUGUCUCGAUUGUGUUUGAGGAAAUUUCACAGUGGGGAAAGGAGAUUAUUUUGUUCGAUCAGGAAAAUGCUAAAAUAGAAGUUAUCAAUACAAUUGCUGAUGGGUCGUCUUCAAAUACAACCAGCACGAUUGAAGCGACUUCUAAAACUAUUUCAUCAAAAUCUGCACCGCUCAAUACACAAGAAUCUAUAACAACAUUCUAUAAGAAUCAUUCUUUCAAACCUAAAAUGGUAUGGAACAAGUGUCACCGACCAGCAGGUGUUGGAAUGGCUCCAUGGAUGUACGGCGAGACAAACGAAGCGCCACUUUAUAUUGCAGGAGCUGAAAGCAAAAUGUUGUUCGUUGUUAAUAAGACCAAUGGCGAUGUAAUGCAACGAGUUUCUUACGAUAAAAUGGUGUACCCGAACGCAAUCACGUUCGACCAAAAGUCCAAGGAAGUUUUUGUCUCUGACAAGUGGAAGCACUGUAUUUUUGUAUUUUCCGCGGAAGGAACAUUCCUCCGGCAACUUUGCGAAAAGGGUGAUCAGGAGGGACGUUUGAGAGCACCGGAAGGGCUUGCCACUGGUCCGAGUGGGACACUUUUUGUUUGUGACACUGGAAAUGAUCGAGUUCAGUGCAUCAGCUCGACGACCGGCAGAAUGCUGUCCCAGUUUGGACGAAUCCAAAAGGAGCAGCUACUGAAGGCGUCUCAGACGAAAACCCCGACGCGUCACGUUGACCUAAAGUGCCCCACCGAUGUGGCCAUCUACAACGACACGGUCAUAGUGCUUGACAGCGGUAACCGUCGGGUGAAGAUCUUCAACAAACGGGGCGAACAGAUUCGCGAGUUUGGCCAGAUUGGUUCGCUGCCGGGCCAGUUCCAGUACCCGGAGGUGAUGGCCGUGGACCCGAGUGGAUUCAUUCUGGUGGGCGACGGAGGAAAUGCGCGAAUUUUGGUCUACCAACCGAGUGGACAGUUUGUAACGGCUAUGGGGUCGCGGGGUGAUUCCCCGGGAAAGUUCAACUGGCUGACGGGCUUGUUUGUGGGCAAGGAUCGUGAGAUUAUCAUCAGCGACAACAAAAAUCAUACCGUGCAAGUGUUUUGUUAGA